AUGAAAAAUCUUCUCGGGAACCUUUUAAAACAAAAGUACAAUGCUGGAGAAUUCAACUCUCAAGGGCUUUUAACAACGGUUGUCAUAAAACAAUAUUUACAGCACAUUUAUGACCAUCCUCUGUUCCACUUAAAUUAUGAAAGCUAUAAAAUUAUUUCCUUAGGAUAUCUUUUAAUCCUACAGGAAGGACAAUGGUUCAGCUUUUCCCUGUACUUCAAUUUUAUAUUUAGACUUUCCUAUCUAUUGCAAAUCGUCACUUUCCUUUUAGAGAAGCUAAACAUCCUCGACAUCUUCAUGUGGAACAGUGACAUGAAACAUCAUAAACGAUAUGAUGAGUGUUGUUAA